GCAGAAAAGUGGCUUCAACUCCAAAGCCACAUUAAUAUGAAUUUUUGCUAGUGUAGUGUACAGGUCAAAAAGAAAACCUCCAAAAGCACUUUAAAUCAUUAAAAAAGACAUUUUAGGCACUAAAAUCAACCACUUGGUCUAUAGAGGAGUUCCAUGUUAUUUGGUAGAUCAGUCAUUCAAUUUGUAAAGCUCAAAGGUUAUGAGUAAGAAGUGAAGGGGCCUCUUGAAAAUAGAUUGUAUAUAUUCAUUCCAGGCCAGGUGAUUUGCACAUUAAGUUAAUUGCAAGACCAGAGACAAAGAUGACGGAAAUUGCAGGAACCGUGCUUUCUACAAUGAUAGGGCAACUGCUCCAAGUCAUCACUAAUGAAACUCAAUGUGCGCGUGACUUUAAAAGGGAGUUCGAUUCCAUGAAGGAGGGACUCGAAACUAUUAACAAGCUAAUUGGAGAGCAAGAUAAGGACAAUUGCCCGUCUACAAUCAAGGAAAGUUUGCCUAAUUUCAGAGAUUUGAUGUAUGAUGCAGAUGAUAUACUGACAGAUUGCGUAAUAAGACAAGAAUACAAGAGCAAAGGACUCCUGUCCAAAUUUUUGCCUUGGAAUUUCUUCUUCCAGCUUCGAACGUGCAAGAAAAUACAGGAUAUUAAUCAAAGGAUGAAGGACAAGUGUGAUCAUUUAGCCAAAAGAUUGGAGCUGACGCGCGGUCGCAGCUUCCUUACCAGGAAUGUCUCAGAGCAUUUUAGAUGGGAGCAGUAUUACACAUCUGAUGAAAUAAUUGGACUUGACAGUGAUGUAAUAAAGAUAAAAGAGUGGAUUCUACUUCGUCAAUACAAGCUUCAAAGGAUUGCAAUUGUAGGGAUGGGAGGCUUAGGAAAGACCACCAUCGCCAAGCUCAUUUCUGAUGAUGCUGAUGUAAGUGAACAUUUGAAGACGAAGAUUUCGGUGUCAGCUUCUCAAAAUCAUACAGUGGAAAAGUUCUUGAGUAGCAUCAUACAAGAAUUAGACAAGAAUUUGGUUAAAGAACCAGCAAAGAGUGGGUCUAAAUCUGAACAGAGUGGGUCUAAAGCUGACGACAUGUUAAACCGAAUUAUUUCAUGUUUGAAAGAAAGAAGCUGUCUCAUUAUUCUUGAUGACAUCUGGGACAAGAAUCUCGAGUUGUGUAAUAAAUUUUUCUCGCUUCUAUCAAAAUCAACUCUCAAACGAUGCUGUAUUAUUAUUACCACCAGAGACCAAGAUGUUGCGACUCCUGUUGGAGUUGACGAAUGGUUAGUUCAUAAGCCUAAAUUCCUCAAUGAAAACGACAGUUGGUCGUUGUUUUGCAAGCAUGCAUUUGCUAAGGUUAACAAAAAUUGUGUCCAACAAUUUGAAGAAGUGCGCGAGCAAUCUGUUCAACCAUUUGAAGAAGUGCGCGAGCAUUCUGUUCAACCAUUUGAAGAAAUGCGCAAGCAAUAUGUUCAACCAUUUGAAGAAGUGGGCAAGCAAAUCGUGGCCAAAUGUGGGGGACUUCCACUGGCAAUCAAGACAAUAGGAGGCUUACUAGGAUCAACCGGUUCUCUUCACAAAUGGAAUGAAAAUUGGAAAAGCUUUUGUCAACCCCACAUCAAAGGUGAAAAGUAUGAUAUCAUGGCUUCCCUGCAACUGAGCUACAAGGCACUCCCACUACAUCUACGGCAAUGCCUUUUAUGCUUCUCUAUUUACCCAGAAGACUGCGAGAUAGAAGCCGAAAAGUUAAUCCACUGGUGGGUUGGAGAGGGUCUCAUCCAAGGCAACGACUCGAUAACUGCAACGGAAUUGGGCUUUCAAUACCUUUCUAAAUUGAUCAGCAGAUGCCUGGUUGAAGUUGUGGAGAGUAGGUGCUGUGACAGAAGAGUCCUCAAAUGCAAAAUGCAUGAUCUGGUGAGAGAUUUUACCCUUGUGAUGGCAAAAGAAGAGAAACUUUGCUCCUUUGACGACGAAGGCAAACAAAAAUUCGAUAAACAUUCCCGGUGGUUGGGUUUCACAAGCGAAAUGGAUGCCAAAUCAUUGGAAAAAUGUCCAAAGCUUAGGGCGUUGUUGCUAAUGACUAGUGGUCAAACUCCUUUCGAAAGGAACUUGUAUUCACUCCUGUCUCUUAGGGCGUUGGACUUUUCUGACAAUAAGCUAGACAAGGUUGCUUUAAAUAAACUUUUCAGAUGGAUUAGCUCGCUAAAACGCCUGGCAUAUCUGAAUCUAAGCGGAGCUGAGCGCCUUGAAGAAGUACCAGAUUCUAUUGGCAAACUCCGAAACCUCCACCUCUUAGUUUUAAGAGGAUGCACCAACCUGUCCAAGCUAAGUCCUUCAAUAACUUAUCUAAUGAAGUUGAUAGUAUUGGACGUAGACUCCUGUGGAAUGCUCACAUAUCUGCCUCGUGGACUAGGAAGGCUCUGCCAUCUUCAAGAGCUGUCUGGAGUGAGAUUGGUACGUCAACCUAACAGAAGAAGCUGCUCGCUUCUUGAGCUUGGGCAGCUGGUCGAAUUAAGAGUACUGCGAAUGAGUUUGAGCAAUGACAUUGAAAUAACAGUAGAGGAAAAUGAAGUGUUGUCAAAACUUAAUAAACUCAAGAUUCUAGCCAUUAAUUUUGACCCUAAAGAGUCUGAAGGGAGAAAUUCACCAGAAAUGCUAGAUUUGCUUUCCCCUCCCUCUACUCUUGAGCAGCUGUAUCUCAGGUGUUAUUGUCAUGAAAGGUUGCCAAGAUGGGUUAGUCCUGAUAGUCUGCCUCAUUUGGUAUAUCUUUGUAUGGAAGAGGGAUACCUGCUGAAUGAUAUCUGCACGGGUAAUGGCAGUUCUUGGAAAGUCGAGGGUUUAUGUUUGAAGGAUUUGCCAAAAUUAAAAACAGACUGGGGAAAGUUGGUGACAGAGCAGAUGAAGUUUUUAAGCUAUGCAAAGGUUAGUGGCUGUUCCGAAUUAGUCAAUUUCCCUUGUCACUCUAGCGAUAGACCAUCUGUCUGGAGAAGGAAUCCAUAUUGAUCAACGAUACUCUUCUUCUACUUCAGCUUUGAAUGCUUGUUGUUUGUAAUGUUAAAUUUUCUUAAGUUUGUUCUUCAUUAUUGCACUUUAUGUUUAAUAUAAUCCUGUGAUUAGUUGUGCUAAAAUUGGCAUGGGAUUGCAUUGAUAAAUUGCCAUGAAGUGUGAUUUUUAUGUA